AUGAAACGAAAAAAAGAGAUAAAAUUUUUGACAAUUUUAAAAAUUUAGAUGCCUCUUCAUAAUAAGCCUCAAAUUAGUAAAAGGAGUAGCAAUCUGGUAGAAGUGGGAAUAUAAUAAUAAAUAAUAAAAAUGGAUAAAUCAAUUAAGGAGAUAAGCAUAGAUAUUCUUUUCUCUUCAGCUUUGACAAAAAAUAUGAGUAAAAAAAUUAAGUAGGAAAAUUUGAUUCAGCUGUAAGGGCAUCUAUACUUAACAGCAGUGGUAAAGAGAAUAAUAAUGAGUAGAAAGAUCAUAAUGAUAAUUUCUUUCAAGAUUAUAAAUUUACUCAAAAUUCAUUUAAUGAUUAGGAUGAUUAAAGUUAGAACGAUGAUGACGAUGAAGAUGGGAAUGAAGAUGAAUAAAAUGAAACUUUUUAAAAUUUGGAUAAUUCUAAUUUUGAAAAAAAUUAAAAUCGAUCAAACCCAAAACUAAAUAAAAAACUAAAAUAAUCUAAGAAGGAUAAAUAAAAUAAUUAAAUAGCUGAAAAGUUCAGCUAACAGAAAGAUGAAUUUAUCAUUAAUUAAAUUCUUUAGGAGAAAUUUGAUGAUUUUAACAAAGACGAAGAAAAAAAAGAAAGAGAAAGAGAAGAGUAGGAGCUUGAAGAAAAACUAAAGAAUGCAUAAGAUAUGGGAAUGA